AUGUCAAGCGUUCGUAUUCUCACACGAGGUGUUGACCUCGCCGCCGCGAGGGCCGCCACCCUCAACCUUCCCCGCGCCUCUAUCGGCUCCACCGUACUUCGGCGGGAGCUCUCCUCCGCGGCUAUCGUGCGCCCAACCGUCCGUCGGUCAUUGAAAGCCAAUGCACCAGUCGCGGCCGUAGCUUCGCGUGAUGCGAACCAGGCUGUGCGAUAUGCCUCUAGCAGCUCCAGCGAGCCCCUCAGCAAGACACAGCUCUAUGACUUGCACGUGGAGCACGGUGCCAAGAUGGUGCCCUUCGCCGGCUUCGAUAUGCCAUUGCAGUACGCGGAUCUGAGCCAUGUGGAAAGCCACAUGUGGACUCGUGAGAAGGCCAGCCUUUUCGACGUAAGCCACAUGGUCCAGCACCAACUCAGCGGCCCCGGAGCCAUUGACCUCUUGAAGAAGGUGACUCCUUCCUCAGUAGACAAGCUAUCCCCGAACACCUCCACCCUCUCCUGCCUCCUCGAAGAAGGCACCGGCGGCAUGGUCGACGACUGCGUUAUCACCCGCCGCAGCGAAGACACCUUCUACUUCGUCACGAACGCCGGCCGCCGCACAGAGGACCUGGCCUUCCUAACCGCCGAGAUCGAGGCCUACCGCUCCAAGCACGGAGCCGACAGCCUCAAGUGGGAGAUCCUCGGCGACCGCGCGCUGGUCGCGUUACAAGGCCCCCUCGCUGCCUCCGUCCUCCAACCCCUCAUCCACACCGCAAACACCCCCACCUCCGAAACCAACCUGGACACCCUCUACUUCGGCAACUGCCGCGAGCUGUACCUCACCCUCCCAGACGGCAGCGCAACCGCCCACCCUCUCCUCAUCUCCCGCACCGGCUACACUGGCGAAGACGGCUUCGAGAUCUCCAUCCCGACUUCCGGCGCCCCGUCCCUCCCCCGACAAGUCACCGAGCUCCUCCUCGCCGACAGCAGCAAAUCCCGUCUCGCCGGUCUGGCAGCGCGUGACUCUCUCCGUCUCGAGGCAGGCAUGUGUCUCUACGGCCACGACAUCUCCACCGCGCAGACCCCGCCCGCCGCGGCCCUUGGCUGGGUCGUUGGUCGUGAUCGUCGCGAUCCGGCAACUGCUACCUUCAACGGUGCUUCCAUUAUCCUUUCCCAACUCGCCAGCCCGAAGACUAUCCCCCAGCGUCGCGUCGGACUGUCCGUUGAGAAGGGCCCCCCUGCUCGUGAGGGCGCUCUUGUCGUCGAUAUUUCUGACCCUGCGAACCCCGUUGAGGUCGGCGUUGUCACUUCUGGUCUGCCGAGCCCGUCGCUUGGUGGUGCCAAUAUUGCUAUGGGUUAUGUCAAGCAAGGGCUCCACACAAAGGGUACCGAGCUGGCUGUUAAGGUCCGUAAUAAGGUCCGCAAAGCUACUGUUGUUGGUAUGCCUUGGAUUGCGAGCAAGUUCCAUCGUCCUCCUCAGUAG